UUAUUAACGACAUACUACACACUCGAAAUAGAAUUCAGAGCUGCCGGAUAUAGAAAUUUAUAGAAAAUAUGAUAUCUUUUCUACUGAAUCGCCGGGUUUUUGGUGCCUACAAGAUUUCUUUACGACUGUUUCGCGGUCAUAGAAGCCUAUCGGAAGUAAAGAAGUUUCAAGAUGCCUUGCAAGUCGCUGAUAAGAAGCUGCUGAACCUUUUUGGAGCUUCUAGUCUAAAAAAUGUGAAAGAAAACGUUCCUUAUUACACUGAAAGCUCAAUUCAAACGAAAAUAUCUUAUACUUUGAGCGAAGAAAAGCUAAUCAAUACUGAUAACGACGAUUUACUAUCGGCUGAGCAGCGCGCAGCCAAGAGGGAAAUUUAUAAACCUACCAAGAUAGAAUGUCCAAAAUUUCCCACCGAGAAAUUGCCGCCCACAACGAAAUUUCCCAUCAAUGAAAAUGUGGAAAAAGAACUUGAUCCAGACGAAAAAAGGGAAAUGGAGGCCAAAAUGCUGAAGAGGCUGAAGGAUAUCACUAAACGAAAGAAAUCUCCACUGGAGGAGAAAGUAGAUGGACAGAGAAGUGAAUUUAUAGAUGUGAACUUGAAUGGGAUGAAUAUGAAAGGCGUGUAUAUGGAAAGAAAGUCUUCUAUGAUUCUGCAAGCAAAGGAACCUACUCCCCCUAAAGGACCUGCUUCACCAGCCACUGGAGGAGGCUCUCUUCCUCCGAAAAGCGGUGCUCCGCCGAAGGGUGAUUCUCCUCCACCCAAAGGAGGUUCUUCCCCGCCUCCUAAGCCUCCUCCGCCCAAAGGACCACCGCCUGGAACUCCACCACCCCAGACGAAAACCACUUUUGGCCCACUUGCCGAUGCUGACCGCAUCUUUACCAAUUUGUAUGGUCGCCACGACUGGCGUUUGAAGGCAGCUAUGAAGCGAGGAGAUUGGUACAAGACCAAGGAGAUCCUCGAAAAGGGUGAUAUGUGGAUAGUCAACGAGAUAAAGACUUCCGGACUGCGAGGACGCGGUGGCGCAGGAUUUCCCAGUGGUCUUAAGUGGUCAUUUAUGCACAAGCCGCCCGAUGGCAGGCCCAAGUAUCUGCUGGUGAACGCGGAUGAAGGCGAACCGGGCACUUGCAAGGAUCGUGAGAUAAUACGCCACGAUCCGCACAAGCUGAUCGAGGGAUGCCUCAUCGCGGGAAAGGCAAUGGGUGCCAAUGCCGGAUUUAUUUACAUACGUGGCGAGUUCUACAACGAGGCCUGUAAUUUGCAGUAUGCCAUCAUAGAGGCCUACAAGGCGGGUUAUUUGGGCAAGAAUGCCUGUGGCUCUGGCUUCGAAUUCGAUCUCUAUGUUCAGCGGGGAGCUGGAGCCUAUGUUUGUGGGGAGGAGACCUCGCUGAUCGAAUCCGUGGAGGGCAAGGCGGGAAAGCCACGGAACAAGCCACCCUUUCCGGCGGACAUCGGUGUCUUUGGCUGUCCCUCCACGGUGACCAAUGUGGAAACGGUGGCAGUCGCCCCAACAAUUUGCCGGCGUGGUGGCAAGUGGUUUGCCAGCUUUGGACGUACCCGCAAUUCGGGCACCAAGUUAUUCAACAUCUCUGGCCAUGUCUGCAAUCCCUGCACCGUCGAGGAGGAGCUAUCUAUUCCUACAAAGGAACUAAUUGAACGCCAUGCUGGUGGAGUGAUUGGCGGUUGGGACAAUCUCUUGGCCAUCCUUCCGGGUGGCUCAUCGACUCCCUGUAUAACCCAAGAGGAUGCCAAUACUGCAAUCCACGACUAUGAUGGACUGAUGGCAGUGCAAUCGUCCUUGGGCACUGGCGCUGUGAUUGUGAUUAAUAAGGAUACGGAUAUUAUCAAGGCCAUUGCCCGUCUGUCGGCCUUUUACAAGCAUGAGAGCUGCGGCCAGUGCACACCAUGUCGCGAGGGUCUUCAUUGGGUGAACAUGAUCAUGCAGAGAUUCGUGACUGGACGUGCGCAGAUCGGCGAGAUCGAUAUGCUGUGGGAGCUGACCAAGCAGAUUGAGGGCCAUACCAUUUGUGCCCUGGGCGAUGGUGCCGCCUGGCCGCCCCAAGGACUUAUACGUCACUUCCGUCCGCUCAUCGAGGCGAGGAUCAGGAAGCGGGAGGAGGAUGAGAAGGCAGCCGCUGAAGCCGCCGCCGCUGAGCGAUUCCCUUGUCAAACGGUGGCUCCUUGCCCAGAAUAAAGCAUGCCCAAU